GAUAAUAAACCUGUUGUAACGUGCACAUUUUCUUUGUGUGUGAAAAUGUUUUUUCAAAUGUAUUAAAUCAUUUAAUGCGAUUUCCACUUAUAUUUGUAAUCAGCAAUAGCACAAAACGUAAAAUAAUUUACUCUUGAUGCAAAUGUAAGUGAAGACAUUUUUUUACAUUAUUCGUCUUGAUUGUUGAUAUAAAAAAUAAAAUGUAGAAAUAACAAUUUUCGAAUAUUUGAAAAUUAAACGUUUUCUUUCGACACUCUUGUACAAUAAAAGAGAGUUUAAAACUUUUUCUCUCAUCUACGAAAUUAUACACAACAUAAACAAUAAACGUUAAAUGUGCCAUUUAAAGAUUUAUGAAGUCUGUGCCUUGCUUCAAACCAGUUUGGAGAAAUAUUUAAAAAUUUCCAUGAAAAGCAAUUACAUUAAAGGUAUAAAUCUAUGUUUUUACAACGAAAAAUUAAGAUUCGUUGCAAAUAUCAAACUUUAAUGUUACUAACAAUUAGAAAAAUUCACUGAUUAUUGUUUUUCAUUGUUAUUAUUUUUUUUUUUUUGCUAUUCAAAAUGAAUUCAACAAAUGAUAAUAAUUAUUUUAAACCAAAAUGUAAAGGAUCCAAAUAUUCUGGUUCAUCUGAAGAAUAUUAUGAAAAGGGAUUGGAAAUUUUGAAUCCUUCAAUGAAAAAAUUCUUCAAUUCCUUGAAAUUAUCACCUAAGGUAUUAUUUGUUAAAUUACAUAAAAAUGAUAAACAUUCGUCAAAUGGAUGUUUAUAUAAACUCAGGAAUAAAUCGACAAUUCAAUUUUUAACGCCAAGUGAAGUUAAACAAAUUGCCAAACAGGAUGUUGAAUUAAUGUACAAUAUAAUGAAGAAGAAAAUACUUUCAUUGGGAAAAUUAAAUACAAUUAAUUUUAAUAAUACAGUGAAUGGAAUUGAGGAUAGUGAAACAUUUUUUAAGAAGAACAAAAAGAAGAAUAAUAAUAAUAAUGAUAAGAAUUUUGUUCAUCGUAUUGAAGAGAAUUCAACAUUACCAACUUUAACUUGUGUGCAUUGUAAUAAAAAAUUUUUAACAUUAAUUAGUCUGAAACAUCACAUGAGCACGCGUCAUUUAACUGAUGAUGUUGAUGAUGAUUUUGACAAAAAUUGUAAUAGAAAUCCCCCUUUGGAAUUAUCAGUCUUAAAGCAAAAUAAAUUGUCACCAAAUAAUGAUUUAUCAUCAAAUAAUGAUUUAUCACCAAAUAAUGAUUUAUCAUCAAAUUUAAAAUUUCUCGAUUUAGAAACAAAGACAAAAAUACCAACAAAUAAUUUUUCUUGUGAUGUAUUGUGUUGCGCGUGCCUAAAAAUAAUUAUCGAUGUUCGACCAUUUUUAGAUUCACUUGUUAAUAAUAUUUAUCUACCUUGUUUAUAUUGUCAAUCGGAAUUAUCAGUCGUUGUUUUUUUAAAUCACAUUGCAACAAAACAUCUCCCUUGUAAAUUAGACGAAUGUCAUUCGAAAUUAAUAGAUAACGGUUAUAAAUUACGUCAAGUUUUAACAAUGGAAAAUGAAUUCGAAUGUAUACAUGUUGAUUGUGAUCAUUAUUAUUUUAUUGAUUUAAAUGAACCAAAUAUUAGUGUAACUGUUGAUAAUGUUGAUUUAAAUCAAAUAAUAAAUAAUGAGAAUGAAAAUUUAAAAAUUGAAAAUGAAGAACUUGAAAAUAAUUUAGAAAACAGUUUAGAAAACAGUUUAGAAAACAAUUUAGAAAACAGUUUAGAAAAUAGUUUAAAAAAUGGUUUAGAAAAUGGUUUAGAAAAUGAAAAUACAGAACAUGAAAUAAAUUGUGAAAUUAUCACCGAUUCUUUAGAAGAAAAAAUUCAUUUACGUUGUAGUGUUUGUGAGAAAAAUUUUCAACACGAACAAAAAUUAUUGAGACAUCUUUUUAUAAAACAUCGUUUCACUUAUCCAUUCACUUGUGACAUUUGUUUCUUUUCAUUCAAAAGUGAAAAAGAAUUGGAAAUUCAUGUUCAAAAACACAAACCAGAAAUUGAUGGAAAUUUUGAAUUAACAACUGAAGAAAUUUCCACUGAAACGGAAACAAAAAUAACUUCAGUGCAAGAGGAAAAAAUCAAUGUAUCAAUAAUUAAAGAAAAAGAAGAAGAAGAAAAACAUCCCUCGAAAAUGAAAAUUUCUUGUAUAGUCGAAAAAGUUGAAUAUCCUCUCGAUAUACAUAAUUUGUAUGCACACAUUCGUAAAGCAAAUGAUCCAACGGAAAUUAAUAGUUCUGAAUUAAGACUCGAGACAAGUUUUAAUAAUUCAAAUAAUAUGGAAAGUCCAAAGAAAUGUAAUUUAUUGUCUGAGGAAAAAGUUAAUAAAAAUUUUGAAUGUGAAAUUUGUGGUAAAAAAUUUAAUUCACAAAGGCCAUUUAGUGAACAUUUAUUUUUUACACACGAUGUUGAAUUUCAAGAAUCAGUUGUACUCGAUUUUUUGAAAUCAAAUGAAGAUAAAAAUUUAACGACAAAUAAUUCAGUAUUCAAUUAUUCAACACAAAAUUUACCAUUAAAUAAUCAAAAAAAUGUAUCAAAAAAACGCAAAAGAAACAUAACUGAAAACAAUGAUAAUUUACGUAUUCAAAUUCCAAAAAUAGAAGAAAAUUUUGAAAUGAAGAAUAAAAAAAAUAUUAAAAUAUUAGAUUCUCAAACAACGAAUUCAGUUAGAAAGAGAAAUACAAAUUCAACAAAAAUAGAUGAUAAAAUAAGAAAAUUUAAAUUGGAAGAUUUAAAAAAAUUAAAAAAAGAAUUAGUAAUGAAAACUAAUAUUUUGACAAGUGAAAAUAUAAAAAUAAAAGAUGAACAUCCGUGUUGUGAUUGUAAUAAAAUAUUUCUAACAAAAUCAAUAUUGGAAAAGCACAAACGUUUAAUGCAUCAAGAUAAAAAAAUUGCGGGUUUUUUAAUUAAAAAUCCAAUUUUGAAAGCGAAAUCAAUAAAUUGUCCAAUUUGUAAUUUAAUUUUUCCAUCGCAACAAAAUUUAAAAGCACAUUUAAUGGUAUAUCAUGAACGUGUAACUGACAGUUGUCAAUUGUGUGAUAAAUUAUUUUCCUUUGGACGUGGUGUACGACAUAUUCUUGAUUUUCACAUUAUUCCAUAUUGUGAAAAUGUAAAUAAAAAGAAUUUUGAACUUUUUAAAAAGGGCAAUUCAAUAGAUGAUGUUAACGAAACAAUACGUGUAUUGGGUGAAAAAAGAUUAAAAGCACUUUGUUCUUACAGUACAUUUAUAAAUGAGGAUACAUAUAAAUGUCAAAAUUGUCAACAUUCAACAACUGCAAUUUAUUAUUAUCGUAAUCAUUAUCUUCAAACACAUGAAAAAUUUUGUAUUCUUUGUAAUUUAUCAUUUCAAACAAAUAUUGAUUUUUUGCAACAUUUAAAAUUAAUACAUCAUUCGUCGAAACAUUAUUUAUGGUUUAUCGAUACAUUAAUAUCGACAAUUUUAAUGAUUGGAAAAAAUAAGGAUAAUUCAUUUGAAUCAUUUCAAGAUAUUAUUAUGAGAAAAUUUAAUGAAGAAAAAUUUCAAUCAAUUAAUGAUUAUAAUCAAAUGAAUGCGCACAAUUUACCAUUAGUUACAGAUGAGAAAGAAGUAACCAAAUUAGAUGAAUCUUAUAAUAAUGUUUUAUUACCUGAUUUUUGUAUGGAAUGUGAAAUAAGUGAGAAUGGAACACUUGUUAUGCAAAAUGACAAUGGUAUUAAAAAUCCAAUAAUUUUGUCAAAUUUCAGUGAUAUAAAUGAACAAAACAAAUGUGAAACAAUUGUUAAUAAUUCAAAUUCUUUGGAUAUUUCAAAUUGUAUAUUAGAUUAUCCAAUUAUUAUUAGCGAUGAUUUUAUAAAUAAUUUACAAAAUGAUAAAAUUUUGACUGAUGCUAAUGCUAAUAAUGAUAAUAAUCAUAUCUUUGCUGAUGUUCAAUUAAAUGGAGAGGAACAAUAAUUUUUAGAUAUUUAUCAGAGUGUAUCGCAUGAUUUUGCGGCAAAUUAUUUGAAUUAAAAUAUUAACGAAUCAGGUAUGUUUAAUAAUAAAUUGCUAUAUAUAAAAAAAAAAUCACAAAUUUUCUUACAAAUUUACAUUUUUAAUUUUAUAAAAUUAAUUGCUUCUAAAAGAAAACUUAUUGUCAAUUUUAAGAAAUAUCAAAAAAAAAUUUUAUAUAUGUUUCAUCGAACUGAAAAUAAAAGAAAAAACAUUUUUUAAAAUAAAAUAUUUAUCAUCAAAAAUUUUUAUACCAUCUUCUUUGCAUUAAAAAAGAAUUUUUAAAACUUUGAAAAAAAAAUCGCGCGAUACAUUCUGUAAAUAUCUAUAGAUUUCAAAAAAAAAAACAAAAAAAACAGGAAACGAUAAAACGAUUCUGUUAUUUUAAUGGAUAAAAAAAAGGUUCAAAGUACCUUAACUUUGUUUUUGAAUUAUUUACUUAUACAUGACUUUAUAUUAUAAAUAUUAUUACUGUACAUUUUAUACUAUAAAUUUUAUAUUUAUCAUUUAUUCUUAAAAAUUGUAGAAAGGGACCAAAGAAGCAAAAAAUUAGAGGUUAUGUUUAUGAUUGUUUAGAAGUAAAAAUACAUCUCUCAAUAUAUAAAAACGAUAUAUUUAAGUCUUCAUUACCUCAUUACCCCUCAAAUAUUCAAUAAAAAUAUUUUGAUUUUACAUUAUUAAAAAGAAACAUUAUUCCAGGUAAAAACUAUCAUAAACAUAACCUUCAUUUUUUUUUGCUUCUUCUCUUUCUUCAGAGAGCGUCACAUAUUAUAUUUAACACGUUUUUUAAAAUGUUAUUCAAGAUUUAAAAAAGAAAUAAACAAAAAAUACUGUUAAAGAAAAUUAUUGUCAUUAUGACUCUUUUUGUUAAAAUUAGUUAAAAUUAAGAAAAAAGAAACAUUUAUUAUUUUAAAUAAAUUA